AUGUGUAAUGAUAAACUAUUUGGGGGCUUGUCCGUAUUUGCAUGUGGUGACGCUUGGCAAUUCCAUUCUUUGGGAAUUAGUUUGAUCGACAACCCCACAGAUCCAUUUAGUAGUGAAGGUUGUAGAAUCUUCAAAUCCUUUGAUCAGUUUAGAUUAAAAGAUAAUAUUAGGCAACAAGAUGACUUAGAAUUCCAAACAAUAAUUGAGGAAAUCAGGUUAAAGAAGCUCACACUUGAAAGCUACAACAUUUUAGCAACUAGGCAUAUUAGUAAUUUAUCAACUGAGGAAAUUGAAAAAUUUGCGCAGCACUCGGUGCACAUAUUUCCUCUUCGAAAGCAGGCUGCAGAAUUUAAUUUGAAACAACUCGAGGCCCAACCAGAGCCAAUAAUUAGAAUCCCUGUCUCACAGCGACCCAAGUCGCCAAUGCUAGUAGAGGAACCAUUAUAUAUCGCAAAAAAUUGUAGAGUUAGGCUGACUGCAAAUUUAUUGGUUAAACACAACCUAGUAUCCGGAAGUAUUGGAACAGUGGUUGACGUUUUGUACAAGGCUAACCAUACUCCAAAUAUAGAUUUCCCAAUCUGUAUUUUUUGUCGGUUUGACAAUUACACUGGAGACGUCGUAGAAGAGCAGUCCGUUCCAAUAUUUCCAAUCUCUGAAUCAGUCUACGUUGAAUACGCCAAUAGACGCGUUUCUGUACGCCGCUUUCCAUUGCAAAACUGUAGUGGGCUAACUUGCCACCUGUCUCAAGGUUCCACUUUAGAUCUGGCCACAAUAUUUUUAUCUGAAGAAGAACACUUUUUGCCUUAUUCACUCGUUGCAAUUACUAGAGUUAGAUCUCUGAAACAUUUAAUGUUUAUAGGACCAAUUAGUUACGACAGAUUUACGAAUCAAUCGUUUUAUAGAGGUUUUAAGGAAUUUCAAUCAAAGCUCAAAGCUUUGGAAGAAGAAUUUGAUGAUUUAGGAGAUAAAAUGAUUCAGGAAAUCGAUUUGAGUUUAGUUGAAAAUGUCGUGUAG